ACGCAAAACAAUCCAGUCGUUUUUUGUUAUUCGUGUAAUUUCGCAGUGCUUUCGCGAAAAUACUUGAUUGAAGUAAUCGUCGUUAAUCGUACUGUGUUUUUCAUCAGAACAUACAUUCGAUUUGCAACAUGCAUUUGAAUGUCCAAGGGACGAAGUAUCCCAUCCGGCCGGGAAUUAACUUAAUCGGUUCUGUACAAAACAAACGCUACAACACGAUACUGCUGCAGGACAGGAGUAUCUGUCCCAUGCAUGCCGGUCUGCGUCUUGAUGCUGCCACAGAAAAACUGCAAAUUACGGAUCUCUGCUCGUUUCACGGGGUAACUGUUGACCAGAAAUCCAUUGAUCCAAUAACCUGGAUCGACAUCACUACACAUAGUCGACUGCAUUUGGGCGACCUGCUUGCUUCCGUUGAAGUAGAUCAUAAGCGCAAAGCUGAUGACGUUGCACUCUUGCAAGACGAAGACUCAACGUCAGAUGUUAUCGACUGUAGUCUUGACGAAACACAGCCUCUUCCCAGAAACAGACAAAAUGCACAUACUGCGGUUAGUGCGUUGGGAACUUUUGGAAGAAGAUCUUCGCUGCUUGAAACAGUCGCUGCUGUACACGACCCCCCUUGCUCUUCUUCAGAAAGGCGCCGCAGUAGUUUCAUGGUACCGGAAACUCAACAAAGCGAUGGCAGUAUGUUGUGUGCAAAGCCAACUGAAAUAACUGUUCCUAAUGUUGAUCACCGUUCAGAAAAGGAUGACGAAGAUGAGGAAUUAUUUUUUAUUCCAGAAACACAGCAACCGGAACAUGAACUGGACUGUCCGUCAGUGGUGAUCAAACCUAUCCUUCCCGAUACGAAGCAACAAGAACAGUUUGAAACGGAAGAAGAAUAUUUUCAAAUGACAGUGGAGGACGAUGACGACAGUAAUGAUGCGAUGUUCAACAACAAGUAUAUCGAGCAAUCACAAAAUUUGAUGCACAAUCUAGAUAUAUCUCAUAGUGGUGCUGUUGUACCUAAGGUUUCCAUUCUGCCGGAUCGCUCCGUUGAUUCGGUAUCGUUCCAGGAAUACCGUAAUACAACGGUGGAAAUGAGUCGUAUUGAAUGGAAUGACAGUAAAAAAGAUCAUGAACAAUCCAUGAUAGAUCAACGAUUGCAGCAACCAAAAAAACGAGCAGGAUCUCUGACAAAGGAGGGUAAAUUAUCCGAGGUAGCUGAUGAUAGAUCUAUCACGCCGGAACUGAAUUUUGAUGAUGAUCCUCCAGUUGAAACAAAUAUUCAUUUCAAACCCGGUUCAGAUGCAGAUCGUUCAAUUGCUGACAAUUCGGAUCCUCCGCAGCAAGCAAAUCGUUCGUCAAAGACACCUGAUUUGUGCUUCGACGAAAAGGAAAAUGAAGACGAUGUGCUUGAAAUUUCACUGAAUCAAGAAGGUUGCAUUAAAGUGAAACCGCACCAGUCUUCCUUCGAGGCGGAAAACACGAGGCACGAGUCGCAUGUAGCAAAUGUAUAUGACAUGGAAACGCAGGCUUUUGGUGUUGAUGAUCCAUACGAGCUGUUGACACAGCCUCUUCACAAAUUGGCGGAAAAACCCAAAUCAUCGGAACAGAAACUGCAAUUGAAAAGCCCAUAUGAAAUAUCAACACAGCCAUUGAUUGUAGAUAAGCCCUGUACUAGCAAACUUUCAGCGAAUUCGUCGUUUGUUACACCAAUCAACCCAAAAACCCCACGCAAAUCAGUUCACUCGCAUGAGAUUGAUUAUGCAAAUAUGCCAACGCAACAAUUUACACCUCCAGAAUUAUACAUGCAGGGCAUGGCAGGGAAAGGAUCUUCUUGCGAUAAGCAAACGUGUGCUGUAGCGCAUGACAAAUGCAAUGAAACUCCAGAAAUUGAUUAUGCAAAUCUACCAACACAGCAAUUUACCUUUUCAGAAUUACUAAACCAACCUGCGAUUGUACCUAAAGAAAGCCAUAAGGAUCCCUUGCCAACUUCUGCUAUAAUGAUAGAUGACGAUGAUUUACUGACACAACCGUUAAGUCCUCCAAAAAAUAAUAUGGAUCUUCCCGUUUUAUAUGGGAAAGUUAAGAACAUACCCAGCAUUUCAGCAGCAUGUACAGCGUAUGAUUUGGAUACACAACCAUUAAACCCUCACAUGGAAACGAACAAUGAAAGGAUCGUCAAGAAAAAACCAGUCCUCAAGCUAGUGGACAUUAAAACAUGCCAUUUGUCGGACCCGAUUGAUUCUCAGUUGAUGGAGAUAGUGAGUGAUGUAGAUGAAAAUAUGUACGACCUUGGCAAGCUCAAACUUUUGGAAAAUGGCACAUUGCUCGAGAAUGAAAUUACUCAAUUUAAUCCACAAAUAAAUAGUACUACGCACUUGUCACAUGGGCAACAAGAAGAAGGACAACCACACAUGGAACCGUGCAUAGAAAUAUCAUCAUCAUCAUCAUCUAAUAAGGAAAACAGCACGAAAGCAGUAGAUGAAAAAACCGAUGAUUCGUUCGAUACGGAAGAUGAAUUGUGCUUGGCAGCAACUAUUCCGAUCAGUGCUCUAUACCCACCGAAAAUGACAGCAGAAUGUGUAGAAAAGGCCGAUGACGAAGAACCGACAAGCAUGUUUAAAAUACCGCUCAAGAAAACAGACACACUAGCCACUCCCAAAGCCAUAAGAAAUAGGAAAUGCAGUAAUGCGGAGAUGACAGAAUUUCUCACUCCAGAACAUCCGAUGUUAUUCUUACCGAAAGCCGAUUGCAUCCGCUCAGUGUCGGAACAAAUGCGCGAGCAAAACAUCCUUCGUGCAAUCACCGCCAAGGGGAAACCAAAGUAUCAUUUUAAUGAUAGCAGCAGUAGCAGCGGUGAUGAUGAUGAUGGCCCUUCCGAUCGACAGUUGUUUAAGAAAACGAAUGUAAGUGCUGCGUUGGAGAAAGAGUUAGAAAAUGUACGAGAAGCUGGAAAGUUGAAGAAGCAGCAAGCACUGACGGAUCGUAGAAAAGUGCAACCCAAAAAGGAUGACGAAGAGACAAUGUUAGUUGAACAAGUGAAGAAGCGACAUGAGGGCAGGAACAAUAGAACGGUAUCCACAAAACCAAAACCAAAAGAAGCGGAAGGAUUUGAGAAAAACCAGCCAGAUUCUCGAAAAACAUCUACCAGGCGUAAAGAAAUGAAGGAUACUGCGAAAACAUCGGAACCGAAGUCGAAAACAUCGAACAGAGGAGUGAAAGAUAAGAAAAUCACACACAGUGAAAGUACGACGGAAUCUAAGCAGGAACCUAAAUCAUCGGAAGCACGAUGCUCAACCGAUAAAAGCAAACAUUCUGAUCUUAUCCCUAAACGUGUAUCGGCGCGCAAUCGCGUAGAAACUUACAAGAAGCGAAUGCUUGAUGAAUCGGUAGACUAUUUAUCAGAGUCGACAAAGGAACGGUCUACAGUGCAAAGGUCAACUCGUGCUGGUCGAAAAAGAAAGGAUGAGUCGUCAACGGAUCGGGAGGAAAAUAGUAAUUUGGCAGUAGUCGAAACGAAACGAUAUAAAUCAGACCCAAGAGGCGCAGCUUUUGCCCCGGAAGUGGAAGUAAAGGAGCGAGCUCGAAGAGUAACCAGCCGCAUCAAGAAGGUAGUGGGAACUUCGUCUGAUUUGUUUGUGGACCAGGACAAAACGUUCAGUUUGAAAAGUGGAGUCCUAGGGCAUGAUAGUGCAACUAGCAGCACAGGAAGUGAUACUUCAUCUGUAUCGACAACACGAUCUAAUCAACCCCGAUUAAUUUUCACAAAAAUGAGCCCAGAGCCCUACCGAAAAUGUAUAGCUCGUGCUGGCGGCAAGAUAGUGGACAUGCCGGAAUUAGCAACCAUCUUAGUGACAGACCGCAUUAUUCGAACUUACAAAUUCCUGUGCAGUGUAGCGAAGGGAAUACCUAUCGUUGGUCAGUCAUAUCUGGAUGCGUUACAAAAUAGCGAUGGAAAGGAACCCAUUGAUGCAUGGAACCAUAUCUUAUCCGAUCCCGCUAAAGAGAAGCGCUACGAAUUUAGUCUACGCGACACGCUAAUGAAGGCAAAAAGGCAUAAGUUAUUUCAGGAUUAUACUGUUUUUGUUACCUCGAGCACACAACCACCACCAUCAGAGCUGUACUUAAUACUUUCGUGCGCCGGAGCGAAAAUAUCAAAGUUUAGCAGCCAACCACCGAAAGGUACGAACAAAAUGUUUGUCAUCUCCGAUCCAGCGGAUAGUGCGUCAUGGGUGAAGUACAGAGAGAAGUUCCCGGGCAUAGAAAUAGUGUCGGCGGAAGGGUUUAUGCUUUCGAUAAUGCAGCACUCAAUCAGAUUCCAGAAGUAUCGUUUGAUGUGAGGCAUUCCAAGCGUUAAGCUAAAAGUCGUUACUGUCCACCAUGCGGUUUAUUUUACUACUUUUGACGAUAAUGCGUUGAGAUUUAUUAAACCAAUAGAUCAAUUUUGUGUUUGCAUCUUUCCAAACAGUUUGUUAAGCUGGACUCAGAAAGGCUAUGAAUAGUUUGUCUUAGUUUAUUUGCAUUGUUUUGCUUUACAUAAACAUGUGCCCAUACUAAUAAAGCGCUUACAUACGAAUGUAGUUGUUCAAAGCUUUAACAAACACAAAACUAAUGAAUGACAAUGCUAAGUGCAAGUCAGCAAUUAUCACCAGUUUUCGAAAAGUAAGAUACGCUGUACCAACGUAUGAAUUUUUUUUUGUAUGUAAUAGGAGUAGCUUUUUGUUUAAUGUGUAAUGUGAAAUGUUUUGCAUGUAUCCUGCUGAAAAGAUUCGUAAAUAAGCAUCGAUAAUUGCGUCGAAAAAAUGAUUCUUUUGUAAGCUUUUUAAGUAUUCAUCACUUCAUUGUGGAUGGUGAAUCCGCGACCAGUAGUCGAUUAACGGAUCUUGGAAAUAAAUUGUUUUCUUUAUUUUUUGCAAAAUCAGAAGAUGAUGAAGGCAUACAUACUUGUAUUUCUAAAGUGUUCCUUUGUACAAAGAAUGUAAUUAAAAUAAUAUGCAAAUAUAACAUCACGUUUGAAACAUGAGUGCACACGUGGGCAGUGAUUGCAUUUUGGAAAAAAUAACAGCAA